AUGUCCUCGCGAGGCAGCUCCAGGGAGUUUCGAUGCCGCCAAAGUCAUAAUCCCAACAUCGGCACUGCCAAUGGACACACAAAAGCCACGAGGAAGAACUCGCCGGAGCACCAAUGUUCAAAAGCUCUAUUACAUUUCGAGAGCAGUUCGCCUACCCCGAAGCCCGCCCUCGGGGACUUCGACCUCGAACUCGAACUCAAGUUCGAAGAGCAACGAAUGGUCUCAACUUGGCCUUCAAUUCGCAACCGCGGAGAGGCUGCGAGGCAAGAAGUUGCAUUGGACAAGACGCAGCAGCGCACUGGACCUUGCUGGCGCGUAUAUGGCCUAUUCACGGCGUUGCAACAAAUGGACGUCCUCGCGUCAGUCAAAGAGGAAUCAUUCUGA